AUGGAAAGACAUAGUAUUGUUAUAACAUAAGUAGAUUUCAUUUAAUCUGUUAUUUCAACAAUUUUAUUCAAAUACAUCGAUUGCCAAACACAAAAUGCAUUUCUACAUUUUUAUUUUUAUGUGUCUAUCUAGUCGUUUUUCAAAUGGUUAUCUCUUCGAUAUUUAUCCUUUAAAUCAGUCUAAAAACUUGACAAAUAAAGCUUUGUUAGAACUGAAAAAUAUUUAUGAGAAAAAUAAACAAAGUGAUGAAGGUAUGAACUAUGAAGAGUUUGAAAAAUUAGCGAAACCUUUUGUUUUUUUAAAAAGUAUGAGGGAUUGUAAUAUCAAUGAACUAUUCACGAAUGAAGUUAAAGAAAAUGAAUAUAUGAAAUAUGAUCAAUUUGAGAAACAAGCGACAACGUUUGUCAAAAUAAUUGAGGCAGACAUUUUAAAUAUUUAUAUUAAUAGUCUCAACAAAAGUUGUAAGAUGACUCUAGAUGAAUUAAGAACUGAACUGAAUAUAUAUCUUGAUUUGAAUAUUGAUAAUGCUAAAUUGAAUGCUAAAUUGAAUGCUGAAUAUGAAAUUAAUAAUACUCAAGAUAUCGACUUCGAAGAAUUCAGAACAAUAUUCGUGUCUAUUUUCAAAUCUAAUAACUAAAAAUCUAAAGAAAAAAAAACAUUUUUUUUGUUGUUUUUAAUGUGUUUAAUUAAUAAUAAAUUGAUUUUGUUUGUGAGAUA